AUGCCAGCCACUCUCCCGCUCGAACUCGUUCAUGCAAUUCUCCGCGCCUACAUCCAGCGCGACUUCUUCGACGAGGAUUGGUCGCCCUACCACCACCGGAUUGCACCGCUCUGCCUCGUCUGCAAGGACUUCAAGUACGUCGUUCAGCCUGUCCUCUGGUCGCACUUGCGCCUCAGCAGCUACCAGCAACUCGAGAAGCUCGGCGCGCCUGAGACUGGCACCUCCCACCUCUUCCAGCACGUCGAGGAGUUGGCAGGACUCGACUGCCGGCGCACCGCGCACUUCCGCUUUGAGCAACAAGCCUUUGAUAUCCUCGGUAUGGUCGCACCGAGCUUGCAGCACAUCACCUUGCGCACUUUCGGCGGGACUUAUGCCUUCGUCCACAAAGUCAGCUCAUUUGCAGCCAACCUGCAGAUCUUAUCGCUCGUCCGCGUGAGCGUUUGUGACUGGAUCAUGGCGAAGCUCCUCCACAAGGAUUGCACUCCGCGUCUACGGCGCCUCUACCUCGCAGAACUCCUGGACACCGACGAGCCCGAAGAUAUGUUUGCCGAGUCCUUCCUUCCGCUCCAAGAUCUCGACCUGCGCCGCGUCAAGACUGUCCAGCUCAAACCGCAGAGCGUUGAGCUGCUUCCCUCGGCUUUGUACCACCCGGACGGCCCAUUCGACAACAAGGCGGACGUCCUCCUCUCUUGGACGGCGCAAAGCGGCUACCAGCUUUCGGGGCCCUUCGAGCUCCCUCGCUUUUUCCAACUCCACAUUUUGCACUGGAUGCUCGAAGCCCCGACGUCGCAAUUCACCGAGGCGAUCAGAAGCGUGCUCGACGUCGUUUGGGGCGAAGAGGUCGAGCGCGGCCUCCGCACCCUCUUCGACGUGUGCAUCGACGCGGGUGUCUCGAUCUACUUCUACGACGACAGCUCCGAAGAGUCGUCCCUUCACAUGUCGGACGCCUUCCUCCGCUUCAUCGACAACCCUUUGAUGCCGGACGAGAACCCUCUCAAGGUUGAGUGGGAACGCCGGACGCACGAAGUGCGGCCAUGGACGGACGACGGGACGUUGUGGGACUUGGCAAAGGGCUUUGACGAGGAAAGCGAGUCGGGCAAAGAGGAUGGGCUGGGCAACGAUGACGUCCCGUAG